ACGGUUGUUAGCUUCUGGAGGAAUUAGAUAUUUUGCUUAGUUAAUUUGGCAAUUACGGUAGAAUUUGUUUGGGAAAACAUAAAAUAUGGCACAGCAACAAGCAGACAGCGACAUCCCACGUUUUAAAUUGGUACUUGUUGGUGAUGGAGGUGUAGGCAAGACAACGUUUGUCAAGCGUCAUCUUACUGGAGAGUUUGAAAAGAAAUAUGUGGCAACCCUCGGAGUAGAAGUCCAUCCGUUAAGUUUUCACACAAAUCGUGGAAAAAUUAUUUUUGAUGUCUGGGACACAGCUGGACAAGAAAAAUUUGGAGGCUUGAGAGACGGAUAUUAUAUUAGAGGUCAAUGUGCGAUUAUUAUGUUUGACGUGACGUCCCGUAUUACGUACAAGAACGUACCUAACUGGCAUCGCGAUCUGGUUAGAGUUUGUGAGAAUAUUCCCAUCGUGAUGGUUGGAAAUAAGGUUGACAUUAAAGAUCGCAAAGUGAAAGCAAAGGCAAUCGUUUUCCAUCGAAAAAAGAAUCUGCAGUACUACGAUGUUUCGGCCAAGUCCAAUUACAAUUUUGAAAAACCAUUUCUUUGGUUGGCACGAAAAUUAUGCGGAGACGCCAACCUCGAAUUUGCGGAAAUGCCUGCUCUGCAACCACCGGAGGUCAGCGUAGAUCAAGAAAUGAUAAAAAAAUGGGACGCGGAACUUGCUCAGGCUGCCAAUGCACCUCUACCCGAGGAAGAGGAUGAUUAAUUUAAAAAAAUCCCCCUCCCACCUUUUGAAAAAAAUAUACUCAAUCUUAUGUAUGGUCGAAGUGUUGCCACUCUGAGCCUUUCUUUGAUGGCAAUAAACUCGGCAGAAUUUUAUGGUCAUUACUCCCACCGGAAAUACUCUCUUGUGCCUCCUUGUGUAUAGUCUCUGCAGUAUUUUGUAUUAUUUCACCCUACUGGAAAAAAUACUCUCUACUGCCUGCUUGUGUAUAGUUUCGGUAGCAUUUUGUGUUCUUCCGCCCCACUGGUGAAAAAUCUCUCUACUGCCUCCUUGUUUAUAGUUUCGGCAGCAUUUUGUGUACUUUGCCCCCACUGAAAGAACUCUCUACUGCCUUCUUAUGUUUGGUCUCUGCAAAAUUUUGUGUUCUCCCACUGGGAAAAAACCCUCUACUGCCCUCUUAUGUUCCUCCCCCACUAGAAAAACUCUCUAUCACCCCUUGUGUUUAGUUUCUUUUUGCAUCUCCACUGCCCUCUAGCAUACAAUAUCCCUUUUUUAUUAGCCCAUGCUAGCUCAUCUUGUUUUCGUAAAAGACGGCGAAAUUUUGUCGUUUUACUAUAAAAUAAAAUUCAGUGCCCAUUAUUUCACAUUGCUAUAGCAGUACUACUGGGUAGUUUUUUAAGGAAUUUGAAAGUUUCUAUCGGCUACUUAAUAGUUCUCACUAGUCUCGCGUCUCUAACUUUGCUACAUUUUGGAGAUUUUAAAAAAAAAUGUAAAUUAAAUCCAGAUUGAAUGAUUUUUCCAAUAUUUAGGAAAAUAUGUUGAAUUAUUGCUAAAUUUAAUAUUUCUUUGGGGAUUUGGAAUUACAUCGAUUCUCUGAAAGUCUGGUGUCACCUCUCAGUGUGCUACAAUCAGUGUAAAUUUUUUUGACCCAAUAGAGUAGGAUAUUUCCAGUCUGUGAGAAAUUUAAUUCCAGCUGCUAUACUAAUCAUCCGUAGGAAAUUAAAUAUUCUAUUUUCUUUUAAAACAUUGCCAACCGAACCAUUUGCACCAUACCAGGUCUGUGCUGUUUUGGGAUAUUUGAAAAAUUGGAAAAACUUAGUUUGCAACUAAAAGUUGUGUGUGCGUGUUUUCAAUCUCUAUACUAAUUAGGCCAUUUCAAGUAGACAAUUUAAACAUUGGCUGAAUUAUAUUGUUUGUCCCUCUGCAUCAGGGGUGUGCAAACUGGGGCCCGCGGGCCAAAUGCGGCCCGAAAGAAAAAAUUGUGCGGCCCGCGGUGAUUUUUGAAUUGUAUUCCCCGCGAAACGAGUAUUUAGUUCAGAUAAUCCGGUAUAAUCUGCUAGCAAAAUGGACGAUAUAUAUAUUACAAAAAUAUGUUCCUCACUGAAUUGGUUUAAAUUUAAAUAACAGUUUCUUCAGACGCUCAUGCGUUUUAACUCGCCAUUUUUGCAAGAAAGCCUAAUAAUGCCGUAAGAUCAUUAGUAAAAAUAAACAAUUUUUGUGCUUGCAACUACUAAAAGGUCUUUAUUACAUAAAGAUGCGGCCCACGGCUUCAACCGGUUACUUGUAUUUGGCCCGCUCAUGACAAAGGUUGCACACCCCUGCUCUGUAUGACAUGACCCUCACGCUCUCUGUGUGUGCUGUUUGUGUAAACAUCUAAAACCUAGUUUGCAAUUCUCCUCUCCCUUCUACAUAGACAAUUAAAAUAUUGGCUGAAACAAACAUUUGCUCUUUACUGGUUCUCUGUGUGCCUUAUCACUGCCCUGGUGAGGUUUGUCUUUAAAGACAAUUUAAAAGUUGGCAAAACUAUAUCGUUUGCUGAUGUUGUUUUGCAGGAAUAAGAUUUUGAAAUGCCAGCUAAACUAUGUUGAUUGCUUCUUAGUGUUCGGGAAUAUAAUUAAAAUUGUGUGUAUUAUUAUAGAUUUUCAGUUUUUUGCUACAUUCGUUAUUUUGAUUUCAUUCCCCUAAUGGUAUGUAUGAAAACUCUGAUUUCCGAUAUAUAAUGGAUAAAUAUCUAGUGAUACAUUCGACAUGCACUCUGCUCUUUAUAUAAUUUAAAUAUAAUUGAAACCAACAUAAUUGGUAUUUGAAUUAAUGGGUUUAAUUCAUACUGGGACACCAAUGUGCCAUAAUAUGUAUUACAUUAAUACUAAAGUCAAGAAUAUUAGUAAUAUCACAUAAAUAUUCCCUGCCUCAAGACAAUAAAUUUUUUGUUGGGAAACUCCGGUAUAGAUAAUUGUAACAUUGGCCCAAUUUAUUUAUAUAUCAUGAAAUACUAUCUGUGUGAGUAAGACAGAAACAACCCUGGUACUGAUCCCCACUAUGAAGCCAAAUUUUGUUUUUCGACGCUGAAAUUUUUCAAACAAGUUCAACUAUUUCAAUUUCUUAUGAAAACUUUGUUCAAUUUAUGUAGCCACAUACGUUUAUUUGGGCUGGAGAAAAAUAAAAUAAAAAUUUUAGUUAAUUCGCA